AGUGCGCCUGCGUAGCCUCGUUUACUUUCUUCCGGUGUGAAGAGCAGGGCCUCCCCUCCUGGGCUUGGCGCCGGAGCAAGACUUAGAGACGCCCGCGAAGCAAUCCUCUUGCUUGCCGCUAUGGCCCAGCCAGGAAGGCCCGCGUAUAAUAGCCUUACUAGAGCCGGCCAGCCACCGCAGCAGCCGUACAGCAAUGGUCCUGUGCCAGGCUCAUUGAUGAAUUCAUCACAUUUAUCAGAUGGACUGGGACAUAACUCUUUGAUCCCAAAUAUGUAUACUCAGCAAAUUGCAACAAAGAAUCCUCUGCAUGCCACCUCUGGACAAUAUAGCCAUGGUACAUCUUGGAAUAUACCUUCUGGUCAGACUCUUAAUAGAACCCCAAUGGGAUCUUCUCUGACAGCAUCACAGCCAAGUCCUGUUGCCCAAAUGCCUUCUUUGUUGCAGAACUCAACUGCUGUAUCAACUUCUGAUGGUAGUUUUUAUUCUGGAAAUAAUCUCUCAGCUAAUUCAAACUGGCAAUAUGUGCAGAAUCCUUUGACUCAACCUAAUCUAGUAUCUCAACCAAAUCAUUUUGCUCACACAGUAACUUCGCCAUUGUUGCCAUCAGGGAAUACAAAUUUGCCCACAAACUAUCAUUUUGUUCCUUCUGCUGGAGGUCCUCCAGUUCAAAACACCUAUACAAGGCAAGUUCAACCUUCUUUAGGACCUUCUGCAGUUGGAAGUCCAGCUUAUACACAUCUUUCUGCUCCCCCAUUAGCUCCUCCCCCAACAAGCACUGCAUCUCAGGCUGUACAGAACUCAGCAAGUAUGCAAGAAGGUGAUACUACAUGCCCUGCUAAUGAUGGACUAUCAGUCCAGAACAAUUAUGAUGCAAUAGAAGGAGGUGGUUUCCUGGCAACCCCACACAAUUCUGCUCCUCAAAAUACUAAAGUGAACAAACAUGUUGGGACUGCUUAUCCUAGCUUGCCCCCAGGCUACCAAAAUGCUUCUCCACCUGGAGGACCAAGAAUGCAUUAUCCAGGACCUCAGCAAUUCCCUCAGCCUGGCUUGGGAGCAAAUACCUUAGCUGCAUCUAUGGGUGGACUAAGUCUUCAGCCUGAAGGAUUAAGACCUAUCAACCUUCUUCAAGACAGAAAUAUUCUUCCUGCAACCCCCUUGCAAGCACCCAUUCCCAAUUUGCAUCAAGAUAUUCAGAAGCUCAACUGCAAUCCCGAGUUGUUCCGGUGUACUUUGACAAACAUUCCUCAGACUCAGGCCUUACUGAAUAAAGCCAAACUUCCCUUGGGGCUUCUACUUCACCCUUUCAAAGAUUUAUCGCAAUUGCCUGUAGUAACCUCUAGUACAAUUGUGAGAUGUCGUAGCUGUAGAACGUAUAUCAAUCCUUUUGUCAGCUUCCUUGAUCAAAGGAGAUGGAAAUGCAACUUGUGCUACAGAGUGAAUGAUGUACCUGAAGAGUUUAUGUAUAAUCCUGUGACAAGAGUUUAUGGAGAACCUCAUAAAAGACCUGAAGUACAAAAUGCCACUAUUGAGUUUAUGGCUCCUUCUGAAUACAUGCUACGUCCACCUCAGCCUCCUGUGUACCUCUUUGUAUUUGAUGUGUCACACAAUGCAAUAGAAACAGGAUACUUAGACACUGUCUGCAAGACUUUGUUGGACAAUUUAGAUCUGCUCCCAGGGAACACUAGAACAAAAAUAGGCUUCAUAACAUUUGACAGCACAAUCCAUUUCUAUAGCCUCCAGGAAGGUCUCUCACAGCCUCAAAUGUUAAUCAUUUCAGAUAUUGAAGAUGUGUUUAUACCCAUGCCGGAAAACUUAUUAGUAAAUUUAAAUGAAAGCAAAGAGCUGAUUCAAGAUUUAUUGAGAACUUUGCCUCAGAUGUUUAUUAAAUCUUUGGAAACCCAAAGUGCUUUGGGACCUGCACUACAGGCUGCCUUUAAACUUAUGUCACCUACUGGGGGUCGGAUUACUGUCUUCCAAACUCAGCUUCCAUCUUUAGGAGCAGGUGCACUCAAACCACGGGAAGAGCCUAACCAAAAAGCAUCCACAAAGGAUGUUCCUCUGACACCAUCUACUGACUUCUAUAAAAAAUUGGCCUUGGAUUGCUCAGGACAGCAGGUUGCAGUUGACUUGUUUCUUCUUAGUGGACAGUACUCUGACUUGGCUUCAUUAGGAUGUAUAUCAAGGUAUUCUGCUGGUAGUGUCCAUUAUUAUCAAGCUUACCAUCAUCAACACAAUCCUCUUCUGGUGGAGAAAUUACAGAAGGAACUAAAGCGAUAUUUAACUAGGAAGAUUGGCUUUGAAGCCGUCAUGAGGAUAAGAUGUACCAAAGGCCUUUCAAUUCACACCUUCCAUGGCAACUUCUUUGUACGGUCAACUGAUCUACUGUCUCUGCCAAACGUGAAUCCUGAUGCAGGCUAUGCUGUCCAAAUGUCAGUAGAAGAGAGCUUGACAGAUAUGCAGGUGGUCUGCUUUCAGUCAGCCCUCCUGUAUACAUCUAGUAAAGGUGAAAGAAGAAUACGUGUCCACACACUGUGCUUACCAGUUGUAAACCAAUUGAGUGAUGUUUAUUUAGGAGCUGAUGUACAAGCUAUUACGGGCCUUUUAGCCAAUAUGGCUGUUGAUCGGUCAAUUUCUGCUAGUUUGAGUGAUGCUCGAGAUGCACUGGUGAAUGCUGUAAUAGAUUCUCUUUCUGCAUACUGCUCAUCUGUCCUAACCAUUCAGCAACCAGGUCUUAUGGCUCCUGCAUCAUUACGUCUGUUUCCAUUGUUUAUCCUGGCUCUCUUAAAACAGAAAGCAUUCCAAAGUAAAACAAAUACCCGUUUAGAUGAACGCAUCUUUACAAUGUGUCAAGUGAAAAGCCAACCAUUAGUGUACCUCAUGCUUAUUAUGCAUCCCAAUCUGUAUAGAAUUGACAAUCUCACAGAUGAGGGAGCCCUCAACAUUGGUGACAGAACAGUACCUCAGCCACCCAUUCUUCAGCUGUCUGUAGAAAAGUUAAACCGGGAUGGUGCUUUUCUUAUGGAUGCUGGCUCUGUCAUGUUUUUAUGGGUUGGAAAGAAUUGUGGACAGAACUUUAUAAGCCAAGUACUUGGAGCCCCAAACUAUGCAUCAAUACCACACAAUAUGACACAUCUUCCAGAAUUGAACACAGCUGAAUCAUCUAGAGUGCUUGCUUUUAUUUUCUGGCUAAGGGAGCAAAGGCCUUUCUUUCCUAUAUUAUAUAUUCUAAAGGAUGAGAGUCCGUGGAAACCAAGUUUCUUACAAAACAUGAUAGAAGACAGAACAGAAUCUGCAUUAUCAUAUUAUGAAUUUCUUUUGCAUAUUCAGCAAAAAAUGAAUAAAUGAGCUCUUUUCUUAAAUGGUUCAUCUGCUCAAAGGAAUGUAUCCUCCGUGCAGAACUCUUAUUCCUGUAAUGCUCCUAUAAGUUGUUGGCCUGGUGCAGUUGAUGAAAAUCUCACUGUGAUUUCCCAUCUUCUCCCCCCCCCCCCCCAAAAAAAAAAAGGAAAAAGAAAAGCAAAUAAAGGACUGUGGAAUUUUUAAGUACACUAUUGUGUAGUUGUACGUUAAAACUUUAAAAUAAAUAUGAAUAUGUUGGACGCCUUUAAUUUACUGCAAAAAUGUUUCACAGUAAGUAAUUGUGGCAUAAGGCAAUAUUGGAGAAAUGCUUAUAAACUAACUUUUUUACCUUUCAUUUUUAUUUUUCUGCUUUGUGUUUUGCUGCUAGAAUUAAAAACUCCAAGACUUGAGUUUCCAGGAAACUAUAUUGUCUUGAUUAUACAAUACAUUAUUUGUUAAAAGUUGCCUUUUUAAAGGAACAAUGAAAAAUACAUUGUGAACAAAAAUACUUGCAGUUUUAAUGAGUGUAGUUUCCAUUUCUUUUAAACAUUGAUUAUGAUAAGAACAAAAGUAAACUUGAAGUAGUCUAUUUGGGUUUAAAAUGAAUAUCAAAUAAUUCAUUUGAAUACCUUUAGGAUGUGUCAGUAUUCUAGGUCUUGAAAGAUUAAUUAAAUUACAUUAUAUUAAGUAAGAAUUAAAUUUAAAAAGAUCUGAUGCAGCUGAAAAAAAUAGUGAAAAAUAAUUGAUCCUAGUCUUGGCUGUUAGCAUGAUGUGUUUGGUCUUAAUUCAUUGAAAGUAAAUAGGGGAACAGACAGUAAACCAAAAACCAUUAUUUUCAUAUUGUUUUAUUAUUUUUUCAGUCAUCUUUUUGUCAUGGGCUGAGGUUUUGAUAAAAUGCUUACUGGUUAAAUAAUACAUUGGUGGUGUAUUUAAUAGUUUGUUGAGAUCCAGAGGAGCAUCAGAUUUAGUAGUAAUAAUUUUGCUAUUCAAACAUUUUGAGGCUUUAAUGGAAAAACUAUAGACAGGAACCCUGCUCAAUUCAGAAUGUUCAAAUAAUGGAUAGUUAUAAAAGAUAAAUGUUAGUUUUAUGAUUCCCUGGAAAUUGCUAUAAUUUAAGUAAUAUAAGUGUAUUGACAUUUGUAAAACAGAAGGAAGUGUGGUGGUAUAUUAUGGCAAUCAUUGUUUCUACAUUGCUCUUUACUUCACUCCCCCCCCCCCCCCCCCCCCAAAAAAAAUUGAGUAUUUUUCUGCUGCAAAUCCUUCCUGGUAGUUUUUGGUAGAAUCAUUUGCAUUGAUUUGUUGGUCAUUGCUUUAAUUUAUUUAAUCACACCCCUCUGAAGAAUUUGUGCAAAAAGCCAGUGAAGUUUUUUUUCAUGAACUAUGGUAUUUAUCAACUGCCAACUGAAUAGCAAUUGUAACAAAUGUUAUAGCAAUACUGUCUGCAUCAUGACCUAUUUAGUUUGUUGGAGUGAUUUAUGAAGAUUUUUAGAAAAUGGUUGCUGAACAACUGAAAGAAAGAAAAAAAAUCAUUUCUUUAAAAUGAUUCAGAUAUCUAAAACAAAAUCUACCUGCUGACUUCAGGAACCUUAUAACUGAUUUCACUGUUUUAAUUUUUUUUUAGUUCAGUUAUUUUGAAAUGUUUUUUAAAAUAUUGGUAAUCUAAUUCAGAACCAUAAAAUCAUGAUGAGAUAUGCACUUGUAAUUAUGGAAAUCAGUCAGGUGCUUUAAAAUACAAUAUGUGGUGGAGGAUUGAUUAGCUCUUCUCCAAAAAAUAUACACAAACCUUUGUGUAUAAGCCAGCUUUCUGAAAAGAAGGUAUAGGCAAAAAUUAGAUACAGGGAAGUAUGUAUCUAGCACCUCAUGCUGGCCGUGGGUUCCUCCUUGCUUCAGACAUUCAAGUUGAAGCAGAGAAUUGGUCUAAUCAGAUUCUGUAGAACUUUAAUGGUAAAAUCCUGAUGAGUAGCACCAUGCCUAACCUUUCUGUGUGUAAAAAUAUUCUUCUGCAUGGAGAGGAGGGAAAGGUAUGAUGUAGACAUAGCUCUACUUUAUGUAAGA